AAUUGUCAGACCGGAACAUUUACAGAAAUGGCCACUGUUUCUAUUCCUGCUCGCACUACAACAAUCUUGUUGGACAUCGAGGGAACCACUACACCAAUUACAUUCGUUAAGGAUAUUUUGUUUCCUUACAUCAGGGAGCAUCUGGAGGAUCACCUGUCCACUCACUGGGAGGAAGACGAGUGCAAACAAGAUGUGCAUUUGCUAAAGAAACAGAUUGAAGAGGACAUGAGGCAGAACCGAUCAUGUCCGGUCCACACGGUGGAUCAGACCGUCCACACAGACGAGGAGAAGGCCAUCAGGGAGGUUGUGGAGAAUGUAAUGUGGCAGAUGGCGGCAGACAGGAAGUCCACCGCCCUCAAACAGCUCCAGGGUCACAUGUGGAGAGCGGCUUAUACCUCUGGAAGAAUCAAAGGCGAGAUCUACCCAGAUGUGAUUCCAUCCAUCAGAAUGUGGCGAGAACAUGGCCUGAAAGUCUACAUUUACUCAUCUGGAAGCGUAGAGGCUCAGAAACUCCUGUUUGGAUACUCGGUGGAAGGAGACGUUCUAGAUUUAUUUGACGGCCACUUCGACACAACGAUAGGAGCUAAAGUUGAUGCCAAAAGCUACGGGAGGAUCGCUGAGCGGAUCGGCUGUCGUCCUGAGGAAAUCACUUUCCUAACAGACGUGAUCAGAGAGGCUAAAGCAGCAGAAGAAGCCAGCAUGAACGUCCUGGUGGUGGUCAGACCUGGAAACAUGGAGCUGACGGAUGAGGAGAGCGCCAGCUACAACCUCAUUACCUCCUUUAGUCAGCUUCAGCUGAUUGGUCGAGCUUAAUGCAGGAAGAGAGAACUUUGAGAUGAUCCUUUUCUUUGCACCUCCCUAUUUUUCUUAUACCUCUUUGUUGGUGUUGUGAAUUGGACUCAAGUAUGCUUACCCAUCCCACUGUCUUUAUGGGUGACCCCGUGAGGAAAGUUGGCCAUUGAGCAGGACUGAUGGUUUAUCCCUUGAGAUCCACGUGGCUGGAGUGAGGUGGUGCUCACUCCUCACCCCUGCCACGUGGACCCAAGGGACAAACCAUCAACCCUCCUCAAUGGUCAACUUUCCUCGCGGGGUCACACCCAUUAGGACAGUGGGAGGGUUACAGGCCUAAGGCCCAGGUCACGGAUGUCGUUGUCUGAACCGUCGACGGUGCUGUGUGGCCUAAACACAAACUGGCCUGAAGAAAGCUGCACAUAAACAGUGAGGUUACCGUACCUUUUUAAGCUUUUAGGUGAAUUUUUCUGUUUUGACUACUGUUUUCCAUCUGUAAAUGUGGAUGCUGUAUUUGUCACUUUUAAUUUUCUGCACCUGUAUUAGAAAACAGAUGUUCUGAAAAUGGAACUCGGAGAAAAUGCUCUAGUGAAAAACGAGUUAGUCUUAAUUUCUCUGCCAUCAGGUGAAUGGUGUGUGUAAAAUGUGCCAUCUGUGUUGUUUACGAGUAUUGUGGAUGUUAAGAAAAACAAUCCUUAGGUGGUUUUCUUUGGGAAAUAAAGUUUUAACCAAUAGGAAACGUUAAUUUCACUCAGUCAAACGUGCUCCGUUUACACAAUUAAAGGGUCAUUUAACACAAAUUGUAAAACUGCUACAACAUUUGCUGCUGUGAAGCCAAACACUUUUGGUUUUACUGUUGGAAAAUAAAUUCAAAUUAAAUCCAGA